GCGCAAUUGAAAAUUAAUAGUGCUGACAUGCUCGCUCCAAUACUUGCCAGUCUCUGUGCUGCUCUAGGUGCUGCUCUACCCAGCCUCAAUAACCGUCAGGCUGGUGCCUUCGCCUUUGCUUCGAACUCGGCCGGCAACCUUCGGCUAUCCUCCAUAGCAGCUCCUGUCCAAGGUCCUGGCAAUCCUGGUCCUUCAACGUGGAAACUCAACAUUGACGACACGCCUUCUGGCUUUAAACAGACCAUCACUGGCUUCGGUGCCGCCAUUACUGAUGCUACUGUUACAUCCUUCAACACCCUGUCUAGUGCUUCGUUGAGCUCUCUGCUCAAUGAGUUAAUGACCUCUGCCGGUGCCGACUUCGCCCUCAUGCGCCACACGAUUGGGGCUUCUGAUUUGUCCGGAGACCCAGCGUACACCUAUGAUGACAACGGAAGCAAUGCCGAUCCCAACUUGACGGGCUUCAACCUUGGCGACCGAGGCACCGCAAUGGCUCAGAUGCUAGCCCGGAUGAAAUCGUUGCAGCCGGACCUGACCAUCCUCGGCUCCCCCUGGAGUCCACCUGGCUGGAUGAAGUUAAACCACGCCAUUGAUGGAAACACAGCUAACAACAACCUGAACGAUGGGUAUCUUACCAAUAACGGGGCCCAAUAUUCUAGUGCUUUCGCCAAGUAUUUUGUCAAAUACAUUCAAGCCUACCAGGCUCAAGGAGCCCACAUUGACGCUAUUACCGUUCAAAAUGAACCUCUGAACAGCCAAGCUGGCUACCCUACUAUGUACAUGUUCGAUUUUGAGCAGGCCGGUUUGAUCCAGAAUUACAUCGGUCCUGCCCUUGCAAAUGCAGGUUUGAACACAAAAGUCUGGGCAUAUGACCACAAUACUGACGUGCCCUCAUACCCUCAGAAUGUCUUGAAUGGGGCUGGUCAGUACGUCGAUACGGUGGCUUGGCACUGCUAUGCCAGCAACCUCAACUGGAAUGUUUUGACCCAGUUCCACCAAAGCAACCCAAGUGUGAAGCAAUAUAUGACUGAGUGCUGGACUCCAAAAACUGGUGCCUGGAACCAAGUUGCGGGCUUCACCAUGGGCCCUCUCCAAAACUGGGCAUCUGGUGUUGCUGCCUGGACUCUCGGCACCAAUGCUCAAGAUGGCCCUCACCUGUCGUCUGGCGGAUGUGCUACUUGCUCAGGGUUGGUAACCAUCAAUAACGGCGGGUACACCUUUGAAACCGCAUACUAUAUCAUAGCCCAGUUCAGCAAAUUCAUGCCUUCAGGAGCCAAAGUUCUCUCCGGUACCGGUAGCUUUGACUUCUCAAAUGGAGGCAUUCAAUCUGUCGCAUCCUUGAAUCCCGAUGGAACCCGUACUAUUGUCAUUGAAAAUACCUUCGGGAAUGACGUCUAUCUCACCCUCACUACUAACAGCGGACAGGAAUGGAGCGGCAAUAUCCCUACUGAGUCGGUCACUACCUGGGUUCUCCCUCCGGUUUAAGCCUGAAGAAGUCUGCGAUGGAGGAUUUAAUGUAAUUCAUAAGUGGGCAUCAGGGCUGAGGGGAAACUUUUUGAGAUAUCGCAAUUGAGGGCUCCCUAGCUGUUCUGUUCAUGUCAGCAAUGAAGAGCCAUGAGCGUAUAUACUGAUUAUUGACUUAUUCAUCAAAUUUAAGGCGUUCUCACG